CGAGGGUUUUUGUGACCGUCCUAGAGUUUCUGCUCUACUCCCGCCGUCCUCUCGCUCCAUCUGCACCCGCUCCAAUGGCGAUCUCCUUCUCGGAUCUCCACACCGAAGCCGGCCUCAAAACCCUUGAAGAAUUUCUUGCCGGGAAGACCUACAUCUCCGGAGAUCAGAUCACCAGAGAUGAUAUCAAAGUCUUUGCAGCAGUAUCGAAAAGGCCAGGAGGGGAGUUUCCGAAUGUGUGCCGGUGGUACGAGAGUGUAUCUUCGAUUAUUGCUCCAAGAUUUCUCGGUAAUGCUGUUGGAGUCAAAAUCACAAGCCAAGCUGCAUCCUUAGCUCCUGCCCCUGCAGCUGAAUCGGCAAAGGCUACAGAGGAUGAUGAUGAUAUAGACCUCUUCGGUGAGGAGACAGAGGAGGAGAAGAAAGUGGCAGCGGAGCGGGAGGCUGCUGUGAAAGCCUCUUCCAAGAAGAAAGAAUCUGGAAAGUCAUCUGUCCUUAUGGAUAUCAAGCCUUGGGAUGAUGAAACAGACAUGAAGAAGCUGGAGGAGGCUGUUCGCAGCAUUGAGAUGCCUGGCCUCUUAUGGGGAGCAUCAAAGCUUGUGCCCGUGGGUUAUGGCAUUAAGAAGCUGCAGAUCAUGUUGACCAUUGUAGAUGACCUCGUAUCAGUUGACAGCCUUAUUGAGGAGCAUCUCACGGUGGAGUCCUGCAGUGAAUAUGUUCAGAGCUGUGACAUUGUGGCCUUCAACAAAAUCUAGAUGUGUCUCAGCCAUUUAAUCCAGGUGAAGCGGUUAUUAGGUAAUUGUGUUCUCAGGGUAAAACCUUGUAGUACUGUUUUUUGAAUCUUUUUUUAGGCUUUGGCUUGGAAAAAUAUUAUGAGAUUUAUUGUCUGACCCCAAGGGGAUUCGUAGGUACUUUUGUUUGAAAGGUCGUUUCGGCUGUCAUGAUAUUUUAUUAUAUUUUACAAGUUUUGAGAACUCUAUGAGAUGAAGUGUUUUACGUGAUGAAAUUUCUGAGUAAAUGUCGAUAUGAC